AUGAUUUCAAUUAUAUCAAACUCAACAAAAUUACUACAUUUAUCUAAGCAUACAAUCAAUUCAUUUAAUAAAUCAAUUUCCGGUCAAACAGUCGAUAGUUUAAAAGCAGAAGAAACCGUAUGUUUUGAUAAGUUUUAUCCAACUAUUUUGCAACACUUGACUCGAGAUAUCGGUAACAAUAACAACAACAAUGAAUUGAUUGCAGCAAAUGAGUGGAUCCGACGGGUCAUUGAUUACAAUGUACCGCACGGUAAACGAAAUCGUGGUCUAAUGUGUGUCUUGAGCUAUCGGUUGUUGGUCUCAGCCGAUGAUUACAAAUCAUCCGCCAAUUUGGAUGCCGUCCGCGCACUGGGUUGGGCUCUGGAGCUCUUUCAGACAUACUUUCUAAUUAUUGAUGAUAUUAUGGAUAACUCUCGUACUCGAAGAGGUCGGACAUGUUGGCACUGUUUGCCUAACGUAGGGCUCAUUGCAUGUAAUGACGCGGCUUUAGUUGAGUCCGGUAUUUAUCAAUUGAUUAAACAGUAUUUUAAGGGAAAGCCCUACUAUAUGGACAUUGUUGAGUUGGUUCAUGAGAUUUUCCGUAAAACAGCGUACGGCCAGUGCUUAGACCUACUAUCUACCAGUCCUUAUGUUGACGACAGACAAUCAGACUUAAAUUCAUAUACAAUUGAUAGAUAUUCAACUAUUGUUAAAUACAAAACAGCUUAUUAUACGUUUGUGCUGCCGGUGCGAUUAGCGAUGUAUAUAACAGGACAUAACAAUCCUAGCGAUCAUCAAAUAGUAGAGAAUAUACUACUAAUGAUAGGACAUGUAUUUCAAGUACAGGACGACUAUUUAGAUUGUUUUGGUGAUCCCAGUAUUACUGGUAAAGUGGGAACCGAUAUUCAAGACAGAAAGUGUUGUUGGCUUAUAGUACGGGCACUGGAGUUAUGUAACGAUAGACAGAGACAGUUACUGCAAACACAAUACGGCUUAAAGUCGGACAAAUCGGUGAAACAAAUUAAACAAAUAUAUCACGACUUGAAUUUAGUGAAAGAGUUUCGAGAUUAUGAAACCCAUUGUUUACUUGAGAUCAAGGAUGCAAUUAAUAGAUGUAAAUAUAAGCUAACAGUUCCCGAAACUUUGUUUGCCGAGCCAUUAGCUCAGAUAUAUAAAAGAAAUAAAUAA